AUGGAGAUGAGAAGAAUCCACACAGGGGAGAAACCUUUUGAAUGCUCAGAGUGUGGAAAGAGAUUCAGUGACAGUAGCAGUCUUCAAACACAUCAAAGAAUCCACACAGGGGAGAACCCUUUUGAAUGCUCAGAGUGUGGAAAGAGAUUCAAUGACAGUAGCAGUCUUCAAAAACAUCAAAGAAUCCACACAAGGGAGAAACCUUUUGAAUGUUCAGAGUCUGGAAAGAGAUUCAAUGACAGUAGCAGUCUUCAAACACAUCAAAGAAUCCACACAGGGGAGAAACCUUUUGAAUGUUCAGAGUGUGGAAAGAGAUUCAAUCACAGUAGCAGUCUUCAAACACAUCAAAGAAUCCACACAGGGGAGAAACCUUUUGAAUGCUCAGAGUGUGGAAAGAGAUUCAAUCACAGUAGCAGUCUUCAAACACAUCAAAGAAUCCACACAGGGGAGAAACCUUUUGAAUGCUCAGAGUGUGGAAAGAGAUUCAAUGUCAGUAGAAAUCUUAAAAGACAUCAAAGAAUCCACACAGGGGAGAAACCUUUUGGAUGCUUAGAAUGUGGAAAGAAAUUUAGUCAAAGUGGCCAUCUUCAACAGCAUCAAAGAAUCCACACAGGGGAGAAACCUUUUGAAUGCUCAGAGUGUGGAAAGAGAUUCAAUGACAGUAGCAGUCUUCAAAAACAUCAAAGAAUCCACACAGGGGAGAAACCUUUUGCAUGCUCAGAGUGUGGAAAAAGAUUCAGUCGAAGUGGCACUCUUCAAAGACAUCAAAGAAUCCACACAGGGGAGAAACCUUUUGAAUGCUCAGAGUGUGGAAAGAGAUUCAGUGUCAGGAGGAAUCUUCAAACACAUCAAAGAAUCCACACAGGGGAUAAACCUUUUGAAUGCUCAGAGUGUGGAAAGAGAUUCAAUAACAGUAGAAAUCUUAAAAGACAUCAAAGAAUCCACACAGGGGAGAAACCUUUUGAAUGCUCAGAGUGUGGAAAGAGAUUCAGUGACAGUAGCAGUCUUCAAACACAUCAAAGAAUCCACACAGGGGAGAAACCUUUUGAAUGCUCAGAGUGUGGAAAGAGAUUCAAUGACAGUAGCAGUCUUCAAAAACAUCAAAGAAUCCACACAGGGGAGAAAACUUUUGAAUGCUCCGACUGUGGAAAGAAAUUCAAUCAAAGGGGCAAUCUUGAAGCCCAUCAAAGACUCCACACAGGGGACAUACCUUUUGAAUGCUCAGUGUGUGGAAAGAGAUUCAGUCAAAGUGGCAGUCUUCAAAUACAUCAAAGAAUGCACACGGGA